UUUUGGUUGUCUCCAAAAUUGACAUCUCUUCUUUUUCCUUUUGCUUCUUCUCUAUGGACGUGUUGUAACAAUGGAAGAGAUACAGAUUAAUUGGAAAAGAAUUCAAGGUCAAACAAAAAAAUGUAUAGGUAAAAUACUAUUGCAAACGUGAAGAACAACUAUGUGGAAGAAUGACAAAGUUCAUGAAUGCAAACGAUAGUGCGUACUGGUAUUUUGAUAUCAAUAAUACUUUUGCUCAAUUUUCUUAAAAGUAUUACUGUUUUUAUGAAAUAUGGCUACAGUAGAGAUGUAUGUCAGCAACAGAUGAGUAUGGGGUAGUUUGGUGAUUGCAAUUUACAUAUCAGUUUUGGUUAUAUCAAAAAUCAAUAGGGCACUCUCCAUCAUUCAUUUUUGGAUUAUCCAAACGAAAUCAAUUCAAAAGAUGCGCUUGAACUGUCAAAUUUCAUGAAAGCGCUCCAUACAUUGUGGAAUAGCGACCACAAAAUAUAUCAUCCGCUUUCGGAUAGCCACGGUAGUGAUACUUUUGGGAUUAUGGAGAUUGAUGUUAAAGAUCCUUUGAAAAGAAGUUCAGUUGUCUACCAAAUUGCAGAGGAGAGAGGCAUUUCAACAGACGGCUUUCCAAAACCAUCACUUCAAAAACAGAACAAGUUGCUACACGAACCUGGCGCUAGGCUUCCAAGAAUAACUGCUGGCGUUAAAGGUGGAAUUGCUUUCCCACCAGACGAUUUGAAAUUGAAGAAACCUCCUGGUCCGUUUGCUCCAGAAUGCAGCAUCACUCAGCUUACUCAAGUAAAGUCGACCGUUAUCUCUUUUCCACCAAAGCAGUUCACCUCGCUUAGUCUUAGGGUGGAUGGCAUACUAAGAAAAGCAACACCAGCAGAUCGUAUAAAGGACAACAGUAAUAUCAUAGUCAAUAUCACCCUUUCAGCACAAACAGAGGACUUGUUUAACCAUAUCUCUGUAAAUGAAAUGGAUGUCGAUAACUAUUCUACCAAAAAUAUUCAUAUCAAUAGUCACCAUCCUUCUCUGUUGAAGAACUGUUUACUUUUUGAUAUCGAGGUUAUAUUACCAACAACACUGCAACAUUACAAGAAGUUGAAAAUAAAAUCCAACCGGUUAGGUCGUCUGGAAGGCGAUUUAGAAGAUAUCAGCUUCAGUAGAUUUACAGCUGGACUAGGUAAAGGCGUCAUCGCACUUAAGAAUGUAGUUGGAGAGAGGAUUAUGUUGGGUACGAUUUAUGGAAUGAUAACUGGCAAUUAUCAACCUACAGAGACUUUUGAUGCAGCUGUUAUAAAAGGAGCUACUAUAGUAGGCAUUGAACCUCGUUCAAAAUUCUUAAAGUCAACCGUUGUCGCAUUGGAUGGCCCCGUCAAAGCGACAGUAUCAAGUGGAAAGGGAAAGCCCUCGUAUAGCUCCAGACUCAUUAACCAUUGCUGGUUAUGUAAGCCGACAACCACUUCUAUCAACGGCGAACAGGACAUCCAUAUUUAUUCAGAAAGGCGGAAAUCCAUACAACUGGGCUACUAUAAAGAAUGGAGCACGACCCAGCAUAUCAAUGUUCACUCUAAAUACGGAAGGAGUAAUACCUGUUUCUUUUGUAUGUAGAGUAACUAUCUCUCAUAUACACUUGUAUAGAAGAUGAAAAAAAAGGGGGGACCCAAUUAUAUACUCAAGCCGUCUAACCUUGCAAUCUUGAAUAAUAAAUAAAAGCAAACAGCGAUGGUCAAUAAUUUCAGAGCUACGGCCUCGUCUAAACCGUAAGCAAUGGAAAAUAGUACUCCAUUAUCUACGGUCUCUCUUUUCUAAUGAUGCUCGAGCAGGUUAGUUAACAGUGCCGUUUUUGCGUGAGGCGUUUUGCGAUGGCUAUGGUUCGUAUGGUCUAUUAAUAAAGGGUGGCAAAAUUAUUUACUUCAAGCCAGCAGUCCACCUAAUAGCAUGUUGCAAUCCUUUCUGGCACGUUUGAGGAAUUUGAUGAUCAAAGGCCUUAUCAGACUCUUGGAAGUAGUAGCGAUUACAUGUCUUUCUUAGUUAGCAUGCUGUUUCCUUUUCAAAGUGUGG